AUGGAAAGGAUGGUGGCCUGGGAUCUGGAAGAUUCCUCCACCCUGAUCUCAGUUGUGCACUGGGAUCUGGAAGAUUCCUCCACCCUGGCCUCAGUCCUGCCCUGGGAUCUGGAAAAUUCCUCCAUCCUGGACUCAGUCCUCCUGUCCCGCCUGCGUGAGUGCCCCGGCCGCUCCCGCAUCGUGCUGGCGCUCGGGGCCACGCAGAUGGCGCUCGGAUGCCUCAUCGUGGCCGUCAGCUUCGCCGCGCUGGCGCUCACAACCUCGGCCCGCGUUCGCCACUCCUGCCCCUUCUGGGCUGGCUUCUCGGUGCUGCUGUCCGGACUCAUCGGUGUCGUUUCCUGGAAGAGGCCCCUCUCCCUCGUGAUAACCUUUUUCAUGCUGCUUUCUGCAGUGUGUGUGAUGCUGAAUUUGGCUGGUUCAAUCCUCUCCUGUCAGAAUGCUCAGCUGGUCAGCUCCUUAGAAGGCUGCCAGUUGAUUAAGUUUGACAGUGUGGAGGUGUGUGUCUGCUGUGAGCUGCAGCACCAGUCGACCGGCUGCAGCAACCUCGGGGAGACGCUGAAGCUGAACCCACUGCAGGAGAGCUGCAACGCUGUGAGGCUGACCUUGAAGGAACUCCUCUUCAGUGUGUGCGCCCUCAACGUCCUGUCCACCAUCGUGUGUGCGCUGGCCACAGCCAUGUGCUGCAUGCAGAUGGUCUCCACCGACAUCCUGCAGAUGUUCCUCCCGCAGAGGACACAUCCUGCCAAUGCCACCUGCGUGACCCCCCACGGCACUAUCCUGCACCAGACCCUGGAUUUUGACGAGUUCAUCCCCCCCCUCCCGCCGCCACCCUAUUACCCACCAGAGUACACCUGUACGCCCUCCACCGAGGCCCACAGGGGCCUCCAUCUGGACUUCGCUGCGUCUCCAUUCAGCACUUUGUAUGAUGCGGCCAUCAACAGCCCCGGCCUCCUCUACCCUGCCGAGCUCCCCCCACCAUAUGAGGCAGUAGUGGGCCAGCCCCCUGCCGGCCAGGUUACAAGUUCAGAUCAGCAGGUGGCCGAGUCCAGCUCUGGGGACCCAGAUGCCACUGCUGGCUUCAGCACACCAGCACCAGCCAACAGCAUGCACCUCCUGGUAUCCGAGAGCACCACCACACCGGGUCCCAGCCAUCCAUCUCCUGAUGGCCCUGUGGGUGUCUCAUCACCCCCACGCCCUGGCUGUACAUCUCUGGAGGAUCCUGGCACAGGCAGACAGCCACGGCCAGGUCCCAGGCCCGUGUCCCGCUCUACCAGUGACCCUACUUCAUGUGCAUCUGGUGCAGCAGGUGACGCCUCUUCACACACACCACUGUGCAGCCAGGACUUGGAAGCAGGGCUCUCGAGGGCUGCUUCGGGGACCACCGUUUCCACGUCUCGCUCCACUGCGGCUGCCUGUCGGCCCCGGCUUUCACCACUGGGGGACCCAGAUUCCUGGAAAAUUGACCACCAGCCUGUGCCAGAGGUCUUCCCAGCGGUCUCCAAAGAGCGGCCACGCUCUUUAGUGGACAGCAAGACCUAUGCAGACACCAGAGUUUUGGUGGCUAAGUUUUUGGAACACUCACACUGUGCCCUCCCUCCGGAGGUGCGGCAUGUCGUGAGUGCCAUCCAUGUGGCCGUCCCUUCCGAGGAGCACCCCGUGGAGGAUGCCGUCUUUAGCUCUGGCAUUCCAGACCAGGUGUGA